UCCUUGGUUUACUGUCUGUGCCAUACGGUGGCACACCGAACAAAUCACACCUGCCCGCAAACAGCCUCUUCCCGCAAAAUUAUGACGACGUGACUGGUUUAUCUCUUGCUUUUGGGUGCAUAAGGGGGCGGGUCACGCUUGAUCCCAUCAGUACAGUGUUCACCCAGCGAAACCAUUACUUGGUUUCACGCGGAAUGGGGUUAUUUUCAGCGCACAUCUUAGAAGAAAAAAAAACAAGCUGUCGAGUAAGUAUUUCAUCAGUACUAUAGGUGCAGUAACCACGUCUAGCUAUGGAAUAGCCAGCAAGUCCUGUAGGGACAUGUCUGCUCGAAAAGUAUCAAUGUCAUCUCUCGUUCUUUUCUACAGGUGCCGACUGUUGCCUCAUCUGUGCUUGCCAUUAUUUUACUGCCGUGGCUAUCAAAAGCUUCUAAAAUGCCGCCGAACAUUAUAUUCAUUCUGGCUGAUGAUCUGGGUUGGGACGACGUGAGCUUCCAUGGCUCGCCGCAAAUCCCCACUCCAAACUUGGACGUCCUGGCCGCCGACGGGAUCAUCUUGAACAACUAUUACGUGCAGCCCCUAUGCACUCCCUCUAGAGCCGCUCUGAUGUCGGGCUUCUACCCCAUACACACCGGCAUGGAGAGUUCAGUCAUACUCACGGGCGAACCGUGGGGUCUGCCACUGAGCUUCAAGCUGAUGCCUCAGUACUUGAAGGACCUCGGCUACCAAACGCACAUGAUCGGAAAGUGGCACCUUGGCUACUACACGGAACAGUACGUGCCCACUUCUCGCGGAUACGACACCUUUUACGGCUACUACAACGGCGAAGAAGACUACUACAACCACACCCUCCCUGUCCCACAGUUCCUAACCAAUAACUCGCAAGUUGGUCUCGACUUCUGGCUCAACAAUGAGCCCCUGAGGAAUGAGACGGACCGCUACUCGACCACCUUGUUCGGCGAGCAAGCUAUAAGGUUGAUCAAGGAGCGCGACCCAAGUAAGCCGUUCUUCCUCUCCCUGUGUUAUCAAGCACCUCAUGGAGGCGCACCAAUAGAACUCCAGGCACCAAGCGAGAACGUCGACAAAUUCCCCUACAUUGGGGAAAAGAAUCGAACGAUAUACGCAGGGAUGGUGGACGCGUUGGACCAGUCCGUGGGCGACGUUCUCGAGGUGCUGCAGCAGGAGCGCAUGCUGGAGAACUCGGUUAUAGUGUUCAGCAGCGACAAUGGAGGCUUGCCCUGGGGCCUGCACGCCAGCCGUGGCUUCAACUGGCCGCUACGGGGCGCCAAGGGCACCCUGUGGGAAGGCGCCACGCGGGCGGCCGCUUUCCUCUGGUCGCCCCUAGUCACCCGUAAUCGCAGGGUCUCGCACCAGCUCAUGCACAUCGUCGACUGGCUUCCCACGCUCUACCGGGCCGCCGGCGGAGACCCGUCAAAAAUGAAGAGGCUCGACGGCCACGACAUGUGGCUGCAACUGUGCGCCGACCUGCCCUCCCCGCGUGUCGAGCUGCUGUACAACAUCGAUCCCCGUGGGCGACACGGCGGCACUGCGCUACCGCGAUUACAAGCUGGUGCUGGGCGUCUCGGCAGACGGACUCUACGACCAGCGCUUCCUGACGCCCGGCAGCUCUCGGCCCUACGCGGACCUGGACCGCCUCAUGGCCGCGUCGAAGGCGGCGCGAGCGCUGCGGGACUUCUACAACACGGGCGCGUUCCUCUUUCCCAGCCAGUGGCGCGAGAGGGCCACACUCACCUGCGGCCCGCAGGAGAGCUCCAACUUCGUGGGCGGCGACCCACCCUACCUGUUCGACCUGUCCAAGGAUCCUUGCGAGAUGCACAACCUGGCACCCGACAACCGAGCGCUGCUGUCCGUGCUCAUUCGGAAGCUCGCGAGCUACGCAAUCACAUCGGUGGCGCCACGCAACAAGCCCGCAGACCCGAGGUCCUACCCGCAGUACCACAACGGCACCUGGGCGCCUUGGGUGAACGUCGCCUCCACAUAGACUGCGCUGCACAGUUUUGAUGGACACCUGCAACAAGCUUCGCGUACUGGGUUUCACCGCAACUUCGUGUCGAACAGAAGGUGUGCAGGCGAAUCCGCCAGCGACGUGUGAAAUUGUUUACAAACCUAUACGUAGGACAGUACAGAGGAGUGUGUGAUACAGAGAGAGAAAUAAAUGUAUAUUUAUUGACAGCAAGGCGCAGAGGUCGGCCGCAGGAAUCGAGUGUUGAGCUUACUGCUGCGCAGAGAAGACAAACGGACCCCAAGUGUGUCUUGAGUGCAGGAUUCAAAAGAACAUUGGCCAUGUUCUCCGUGACUCCUCCGAAAAGUCAGCACUGCGUCAGGGACUUGGCGCGGUAUUCUGCUCGCUCGGACGUUCACCUGCUUUCACAGCAGAUAUACGUACGAGCCUGCAGUGAGCGCUCGUGUGCCUGGAGAGUAACAAAAGCGCGCUUCUGACCUUUUCGAGCGAGACGAACCUUGAC